AUGAUGAAUGGACUGCAGACAUUGGACCUCUGGCAAGAGUACUUUAACUAUCCAAACCCUCCGACGUUGGGUUUACUCAAUGCCAUUAUCUCGGUCGGUAGCACUCUAGCAGUACCCAUUGCGCCAUUUUUCGCUGACAAAAUCGGCAGAAAAUGGACUGUAUUCAUUGGCAGUAUCGUGAUCUUUAUUGGCGUAACUGUUCAAAGUGCCUCUGUUAAUAUUAGUAUGUUUAUUGUUGCCAGAUUUCUUAUUGGUUUUGGAACAGCAUUUGCCCGUGGUGCUGCUCCUGUGCUGAUUGCUGAAAUAGCACAUCCACAACACCGUGCCGUAAUCACUACUCUAUAUGAUUGUAUGUACGGAAUUGGAGGUAUCACUGCUGCUUGGACAAAUUAUGGAAGUUUAGAAAUCAAAUCCAACUGGUCAUGGAGAUUACCUUCUGUUCUCCAGGCCUUCCCGUCGGUGAUCCAGCUAGCAUUUUUAUUCUGGGUAAGUUCUCAAAUAUUAAUAUUCAACUUUAUAUUUGCAAAUGUUAACAAAGUUAUUAGGUUCCAGAGUCACCCCGUUAUUUAA